AUAUGUCCUGUUUCCUGAUUAGUCUGAUCACAGCAUCUCACUUCCUCCCUCCAACCAAUCACACCUUCUCAAACCUCUAAGACGCACCCAAAAUGGCUCCCUUUGGCAAAAUCUACAGCUGGCCGGGCAACUUCCGCGUCCAACGCGCCCAAGUUGUAGCCGAGCUCAACGGUCUCGAGCUCGAUAUCCCCAGCUUCGACAUGGCCAGCAGCAAAACCCCGGAAUUCCUCUCCAAAUUCCCCAUGGGCAAAGUGCCCGCCCUCGAAUGUGCCGAUGGCUUCUGCCUGGCCGAAGGCGCAGCCAUCUGCAUGUACCUUGCGGGCCAGGGCCCCAUGGCGCCCCAACUCCUCGGCGCCGAAGCGGGACCGCAAACCACGGCCCGCAUCGCCGAGUGGACUCUGUUUGCCGAGUCGGAGCUCAUUGCCAACGUGAUCCCGCCGUUCAUCAUGGCGGUCCUCAAGAUUGUCCCAUAUGAUGAGGCCAAGUACGAGUCCUGCGUCGUGAAUUUUGAUAGGGCUUUGAAGAGGCUUGACUUGGCCAUCGAUGGGGGCAAGAAGAGGUACCUUGUGGGGGGACAGUUGACGUUGGCGGAUAUUAUGGUUGCGGGGCCGUUGUUGGCGAGUUUCAAUUUUUUGUUUGAUGCUGAGUUGAGAAAGGCGUUUCCGGGCGUGGUUACGUACUUGGAGGGGUUGAUGGAGAAGCAGGAAUUCAAGAACGCGUUUGGGGAGAUAACCAAGUGUGAGACGAGGGUUAAGGCAUAGACUACCGCUGGUGUUGUUAUCUGUUGAAACGAAGACCACUCAGUGUCUAAGAUAGACUUGAUAGACGAGACUGGAAACCAAAUAAAGGAU